AUGACACGAUGCGACUACGAUGCUGUGUUCUACAGAGUGUUCUGUAUCACGCUGUUGGCCAUCGCGUUCACAUUCACAGUGAUACUGACCAAUGUGUUUAUAGAUAUUGACGGAUUGCUAUCUAGUAAGAAAGACAGACACAACACUCAUAUCAAUGAUAACAAUGUCAUUCAUGAUGAGUUUGCUCCAGAAGCCACCGAUAUUAAUGAAGAAGUUAAUUAUGGAGAAAACGAUGAAUCAUACAGAACAAAACGAUCCAUUGAAACCCAAAGCUUCUUAUUUCACAUAAAAAAUCCGAAAGUAAAAAACAUACUAGCCAAUAAACUAUCAACUCUUCUAGAAGAAUUAGAUGCAGAAGAAUCUACAGACACUAAGCUUAAAGAGAAGGCCGCUAAAGAAGUUCAGAAAACCACAGAAGCACCUCCAGUAACAGUAACACCAAAACCUAAAGAAGAUGAUAAAAAGAAGAAAGAUGAUGAAUUACUACAUUUGACGAUGCAUAACAUUCUUCUGCAAGGAAUCAUUGGACAUAUGGAUUUGAAUGAUGUCUACAAACGUGUUUACUCUUUGAUGUCCAAUUUUAAUGACUUGCAGCAAAAGAAAGAUGGACGAAGACAAAAGCCAAAUGAAAAACCAAAUAUUGAUUCGGAAUCAAGGAUUCUGCCGAAACCAAUUGAAGCUAAAUUUUUCGACGAAAUGCUGAAUUGCAAUGAACUGCAGGAACAAAUUGUUGAAAGUGCUACAGUAAAGGAAGAAACUAAAAAACCAGUUAAAGCCAAACCUAACGUGAUGAUUAAAACAAUCAUAGACAUAUCGUCGUUAGCCAAUGAGAAAGGAAAGGAAAAUGAUACCAAAUCAUUAAAAGACAACGUAAAAGGCGUUAUAGAACUCGUAUAUAAUGGCAAAACAAUAAAAUUCACUCGACCAGACAUAGAGGUAUUACAACCAACGCCACUGAAACUACCAACUCAACCAAUAAUUCAACAACCAAAAGUAUCACAACCACCAACAAUAAUACCAGAAACAACAACGACAAAAGUUAUUAAUGAUUUCAAUUCAGUACCGAAGUCGUAUUUAAAUAAAUUCAUCGAGGAAUACUUCAAAAGGUACCCAAGAGUUAACAUAAAAGACUCAAACAAUGAAAUGAAAGACCAUUUUGAAUCGAAACGAACAAAAAGAAAUGUGAGGAUCAAAUACGAUGGACAUCCUAAAACAAUGGCAAAAGAAUCAGUUAAAAACACUGAAGACGAUGAUUUGUACGUCGAAAUAGAAACUCAUUUUGACAGUAAAGGCUUAAAUGGUGAGAAGAAAAAGAAAUUAAUCAGGACUAUAAUAGAAAAGAUACAGAAAGCUAUACACACUGAUAUGAAAGGUAAACUUAUAACUCCAAAAAGAGAUCCAUCCAAAAUAAGGCGAGUACAUUUCAAAAAACGACUCCAAGAUCCGUUAGACCAUAAAAGUAAUCACGUCCUUGUAAACAAGUUCAGUUUGCCGUUGAAGAACCUUUUCCAUCGUCAGCUGAACCCUAUCAGUAAGACAGUGCCAAUGCAAGAGAGCUCACCGUACAUUGGUUCGAAGUCUGGAGAAGAAUGGAAGAAACCGUGUUUUGGACCUCAUUUCCUAGCUGCUAAUAAAGCCAUAAAUUCAGCAGAAAUGAGCCAAGUAGAUAUUGACUACAGUAAAAUUUUAGAUAUAAAUGGGAUACCUCAAAGACUGCAACAGCCUUUGAAUACAGAAAAUAGUGAAGAAAGUCUAAACACGAAUUCUUUUUAUGAUGUCGGCAAAAUGAAGUUUUUUAUCAAAGACAUUGAUGGCUCUGGGUUCUCAGUAGGUUUUAAUCAAUAUGUUGAUGAGCCGCCAGACCCAGAUACCAUGAGGCUGUUUACAGGGUUAGAAAAUGUUAUAAAAACGUACCAUCAGACAUAUGAUCCCUUACCUGAAGCAACACAAACUACUACCACAACAGAAGCUAAUAUAAAGCUAGAAAUUCCUCCGAUGUCAAUAAGAAAUACAGACCACAACAUAGAAAGAAGAUCUGUACACAAGAAUCAUGAUUAUCAUUCCAACGAAUAUAAAAUUAUCUACGAUAAUAAUUUCAUGCCGUACCGUAAUUAUAGGGACAUAUUCGAAUCCAACAAGGUCCAACCACGCUCCAAACUAGGUUUUACAUCUCAAAAACUCUUAAAACUACCACUAAUCGUUGACGAAACUGUCUUCGAUAAAAAUUUGAAACCAGCCGAAAUAUUUGGUCUGGCUAACUUAUUUGAAAGAAAGAAAAGGUCGGUAAAUGUGAAGAAAAUAUCGAAAUUGAAAAACAAAAUAAAGUUGAAUAGGUAUUUGAAUACAAAUGCUAUGCCAACGAAACGGAUCUAUUUGAAUAAGAAGAGGAAUAAAAGACAGAUAAAUAAGAUAAGGAUCAUAGCAACAGAUUUACCACACAUGUCUAAACAUUCCGAUGAAAAUGUUUUCGUAGUGUCAGAUGAGAAUGUAUUUGCUGACAGAGCAAUUGUGAAAGAUAUAGAAACUUCAGAAGGCGAUCACGAUAAGCAAGAAGACUCUGAUUAUCUGCCCUACCAGAAUGAAGACAGUAUGCCCUCAACUUACAUCACAAAAAUAUUCGAUGGACGCUCAAGACAUAACCCAUUAAUGUCUAAAUAUCCACACGUCUUUAUGGAAGAAAUUUCUCGAUCCAGGGAAGAAUUUAUUCCUAACAAUGCUCUACUCUUCGGCAAAAUCCCUGGUCUUUCCACACUAAGACACAGUUUCGAUGUAGAUAAAACAGAUGAUAAAAUUGACGGAGAAAAUUUGACCGUCCUCAAUACUACAGAUGCACACAAGAACAUGAAAGAUGAUGAAAUCGGUGACUCUUUAAUUCCACCACCUAACAGAGGUAAUUAUAAAGUAACAGUUAAAAUCAUUCCUAAAAACCAAACAGGAUUGAAUUCAGGAUUUAAAGAAAUACACACAAGUAUCAAUAAGAGAUACAACAAAAAUGGCCUGCUCUAUUCAUCUUUAGUUAACGUAUCAGAAAUAUCUAAGAUAAUUAAACUGAACAGGACAAAAGAAGAAAUAGACGCAGACAUGAGGCAUGUAAGCCGUGGAGGACAAAACAACGACUACUUUACAAAAAGAAUAAAAGAUCAACAAGAUAGAAUGUCUUUUCUAUUAAAGCAACACGCUAAACAUAUAAACGAACAACUGACUAGACUUAAUGAAGAGAAAAUUAAUCUAGAAUCUUUGUUAACUAAUGACAAUAUAACUGAGAUUAGGUAUUCAGAUUAUGAUGACGCUGGAACUCCAAAACCCUAUUUACCAAAGUUACUAGCAAAGAGAAUUCAAGGUAACAGUGCUGAAGAGGAGGCGAAAGAAGAAGUAACAACUACAACUCGAAGGCCACGGACUACUAGACCAACAACAACUGCAUUACCGACUACAACAACGUUGACAACAACACAACAGCCGAUAAUACAACAAACAUUCUCGGACAAAAUAAAGAAGAACAUCAUUAACACUAUAGAAAGAAACGGCAACCUAACAGAUCAAAUACUAAGAAAAAUCGACAAAAACACGGAAAUAUUGCAGAUAUUUUUGAGAAAAUUGACGGAAAAAAUACAAAUUACUACAACUACUUCCACUACCUCGAAACCAGUGGCGAGAUACGGUGAACCUUUUAAUACAGAAUGGACGAAUCAAGCAGACCAUUUUAAUCAGAAUAUAGUCAUGAAAAGGAACGAUUCGCAAAUAUCAAUUCCAUUCGUGUAUGCGUAUCAACAACCAUUAAUGCCUCAUAAAAUCAAUGCGCCGGUCGCAAGCGUAGUCUACCAUGGACAUAUACAUACAAAUACAAUACACCCUAAAGAUUUGCCACAGGAUAAAGAAAAAAUUAAAAUAGACUCCGAUAAUCAGACUAGGUUUUUUAUCGAUGAAUUGGAAAAUGAUUACAAGGUCAUUCAAGUUGGGGAUGUCAAGAAAAAUAGGGAUUUCAUUACUAAUUUGGUUAAUUCUAAUAACACUAUUAUGACUUGA